CCUCCUCCCCUUAGCUCCCAGCACGCUGUAUAUAUCCUCGCCGCCCCCCCUCGAACUUGGACUGAUGAUCCCUGCAUGGCCCGAGCAGUUCGUUCUUCUUCUUCAUCUCUACGUGUAUCUGUAACACCCCCGUCACAUCACAAAUCGACGCUAUCCACCGAUCGCCUUGCCCGAUCCUCACAGCCCUUAUUUUUCUUACCCUUAUCAAACCGUUCGCCGACAUGGCUCUGACAUAUCCCAUCACAGUCGAGGCUCUCCCAGAGCUCCUUAAGGGCGACACCAAGGUGAAGCUGGCGGGGGUGGAUGUCGAUGGAAUGCUACGUGGUAAAAUCGUCUCCAAGAAGAAGUUUCUCUCCAUAGCUAAGGAGGGCUUCGGCUUUUGUAGCGUCAUCUUCGGCUGGGAUAUGCACGAUAAGACCUACGACACCGAGCUUAAGAUCAGCAACAAGCAGAACGGAUACCGCGACUUGAUCGCCGUGCCCGACUUGAAUAGCUUCCGAAGGAUACCCUGGGAAGACAACAUUCCCUUUUUCCUCAUUAGCUUCUUUAACGAUGACUCGAAACCCUUGUGCGCCUGCCCGCGCGGUCUAAUCAAGACCGUCGUUGACAAGUUAGAGAAGAAGGGCUACAAUGCCAUGGCAGGAGCCGAGGUCGAAUUCUUCCAAUUCAGGGUACCGCCGGUAGGCGACCCCGCGACCGGCUCUGCCUCGACGUCGGUCGCCGCAUAUCUUAACGAUAAUCACCCGCAUGAUCUACCCCCUCUCACCGAGGGUAUGUUCGGGUAUAGCAUUACGCGGCCGACGUUCAACAAGUCCUAUUAUCACGAGGUGUAUGACUCAUGCGCCAAGUUCCGGUGUGACCUGGAAGGCUGGCACACCGAGAGCGGGCCCGGCGUCUACGAGGCCGCGUUAGAGUUCGGCCAGAUCUCCGAGAUGGCCGACAGGGCGUCCCUCUUCAAGUAUGUUGUCAAGUCGGUCGCGAGCGACUACGGGAUCACCCCCUGCUUUAUGGCAAAGCCGAGGCAUGGCCUGCCCGGGAAUAGCGGCCAUACCCAUGUAUCCGUCGUCGACAAGGACGGCAAGAACAUGUUUUUCCGCAGCGAGAAGGACGAGAACGCGCAGUACCCCGACAUCGCGCACCUGAGCGAUCUCGGGAGGCAUUUCCUCGCCGGCAUCCUGGACGGAUUGCCUGACGUCAUGCCGAUGCUGGCCCCUACCAUUAAUAGCUACAAGCGGCUAGUCGAGAAUUUCUGGGCUCCCGUAACGGUCUCGUGGGGCUUGGAGCAUCGUGCCGCGUCCGUCCGCGUGAUCGCACCCCCGACUUCCGCGCCCGGGGCUACUCGGUUCGAGGUUCGGGUCCCUGGCGCAGACGCGAAUCCCUACUUUAUCAUGUCGGCUAUAUUGGGUCUGGGCUGGCGCGGCGUCGAGAAGAAACUCGAGAUCCGGAUCCCGCCGCUCGGGCUGGGCCAGGAUACGAGCGGAGGCGCCGACAAAGGAGUUCGCUUGGCUAGGAACCUGAGGGAAGCGACCGAUAGGUUCAUGCGCAAGGAUAGCAUCGCUCGCGAAGUCUUCGGUGACGACUUUGUCGACCACUUCGGCGGCACUCGCGAACACGAGAUCCGCCUUUGGGAUGAGGCUGUGACGGACUGGGAGCUGAAGCGGUAUAUCGAAACGGUGUGAUUGGAUACCUACCUACGUCGGACGUCGCAACAGACGACGAGAUCUACGAUUUCCCGAAUAUUAGCGUCGCAGUGAUUGGCCCCUAAUCUCGCCCAGGCUCCAUG